UAAAUCAAAUUUACCUCUAGUGAGUGAGAUUAAUCGAUAAACCUUGCAAAACACAUUAAAAAUGUGAUUUUAGAGCAAAAAUGCGAUUGGUAUUGCAAAAAUAAUGCCAAGGUUGUUUUUGCACAGUGUUAUUUGAUUUACUACAGCGCAUCUUUAUUCAAAUGAAUGUGCAUACAUUUGGCCAGAAACAGCAUAAAAAUCCCGUGGCGUUCGUCAGGCUGUCGUCGAAACCGGAGACAUUUUCGAGGCAAAAGGUUGCCAAUAAUGACAGUCAAGUCAAAGUGAGGUAGCGAAAGGGAAGGCCUUGUCUUGAGAGAUUGUUUCUUCUCCUGCUGGCUCAGGCAGUGUGAUGUCAGCGGUGGCAGUACUUGUGUAAUUGACUUGGUAGGGGUGAUGGCGUCAUUUUAUGCCCCGCUGUAGCUUCCUGCUUCAAUAGCGCAGGGAAAACGGAGCUUUAGCCGACACGACGGUGGCUCCCUUAGCCCGGGUCGAGCACCGCCGAGCCGGACACCUCACCACGGGAAACAUGGAGGCUGCGGCCGAGGAGCUGCUGGCCGGCUCUCGGCUACCUGUCACUAUCGAUCAAAUAGUUAACGAUACACUAUUGGUGACGCUGACCUAUCGAGAAAGGAGCUACACAGGGAUAUUACUUGAUUGCAACAAAAAGACCGGGCUGUUCUGUUUACCUGAUUUCACAGCAAAACCAGUCGACUUUGUGGUAUCUGAAACAACAUGUGAAAUAGCAGAUGUUCAGGGUGAGGAGCAAGAUGCCAACUCUAUCGGCCAGGAAUCACGAAGACCAAAGGAUGAAAAUACUCUCCCCAAAAGUAGUAUAGCUACUGCACCUCCACUUUGCCCUGUGCCCACACUAAUGCCAGCUGGGCAGACGCCAUACCCUCCUUAUUUUGAAGGAGCACCCUUCCCCCAGCCUUUAUGGGUACGCCACAGCUACAGCCAAUGGGUACCGCAGCCCCCUCCACGACCCAUUAAGAGGAAGAAGAGGCGGACCCGAGAGCCUGGCCGCAUGACGAUGAGUACUAUCCGUCUGCGGCCACGGCAGGUACUUUGUGAAAAGUGUAAAAACACCUUGAAUAGUGAGGAGGACAGCAAAGAUGGCUUAAACAAUGCAAAGAACUCCAGAAAAGAGAAUACACUACAUAGUGACGAUGAUGGAGUUGACAAAGACACACCCAAUAAGCUCUCAAAGAAAAAUGAUGUAGUUCUAACCAAGGACAAUAAGAGACGGGAAAAUGGCACCAGCAUUGACAGCAAGCGCUUCAGGAGAGAAAAAAGAAGUGAAGCUGAAGGGGAAAGGUUCCCUGGAAGUGACGUUAUCCCACACAGUCCAGUCAUAAAGAUUUCAUACAGCACUCCACAGGGCAAAGGAGAGGUAAUGAAGAUUCCUUCGCGAGUCCACGGUUCAAUAAAACCCUUCUGUCCAAAGCAGCUAAGGCAUAAUGGCUUGGCAGAAAACGGCAAGAUACCUUCUAAUUCUGCAAAAGAGCAAAGACACAUUUUAGAUGCUCGGCGGUCUGGCCUCACUGUAUCCAUUCCCAAACUCAAACUGACAAGGCCGUUCACCACUGUGUGUCAGGAUAUAGAAUCUCCAAAUAUCCGCCUGAGACACCCAAAGAGGGAGCACGAUGAGAGCAUGGUCGAAUACGAGGCGGAACUUGUAGGAAAUGCGAGAAGGCGAAGUCCAAGGGCACCCGGACCCUGUCUCACCCACUCUGAAGACUCUGGGGAAGGCAAGAACUCUCUGGAGUUGUGGUCAGGAAGUUCUGGAGAGGAAGCAGAGCGUGGCCACAAUGACCUAACCCUUCUCAUCAAUUUCAGGAAGCGAAAAGCAGACUCCUCUAGCUUGUCAGUUUGCAGCAGUGACAGCCUAGAUGAGUCCAAGUCCUUCAGUUCGGAUGGUACGUCACCCGAGCUGUGUGAUUUGGCACCUGGUGAAGACCUUUCCGUAACUUCGUCUUCUAUACCUUCACGGGACGAUUGCAAGACUGUGCCCCCGAUCACUGUGCGAUUACACACUCGCAGCAUGACAAAGUGUGUCACAGAAGAAGGUCACGCUGUGGCUGUGGGAGACAUUGUGUGGGGAAAAAUCCAUGGCUUCCCUUGGUGGCCUGCCCGUGUCCUCAGCAUCAGUGGGACCCGCAAAGAGGAGACUGCCACAUGUGAGGCUCAGUGGCCCCAGGCAAAGGUGGCAUGGUUUGGUUCCCCUACCACAUCCCAGCUCUCUGUUGCCAAACUUUCACCUUUCAGAGAGCUUUUCAGGUCCCGUUUUAACCGCAAAAAGAAAGGGAUGUAUCGGAGAGCCAUCUUGGAGGCAGCCAAGGCUGUUGGACACAUGAGCCCAGAGAUUACAUCACUACUUUCUCACGGCGACACAUAGGAGGCUGAGCGCUGAAGGGAGGUCUCCAAGGUUUUUUUGUGAAUUCUCAGACCCUGUCAUCAAGACCCAGGAGGGAGUAUGUGCGGUUGCCCCGGCGACUAUUUAUAUGCUGUUCCCCCACCCCCUUCUUCUUUCGGUUCUUUUUCACAAGGCUGUUGUAAAAUGGCUGCCAAGAUGGAGGGAUGUUCAGGACAUGGAAGCAAAAAAAGGGCCAUGUACCUCAUGGUCUGCCGGGACUAUUCCUGUUUUUUCCCCCCGUUCAAUCGAACAAGGAGCGGCAUAACAAGAACCAGAAUGUAUUUAUUAUGUUAUAUUUUCCAAAUCCAUCUUUCUAUCUGGAAAAACAUCCCAGUGUGCUGCUGUCAUGACUCACUUUUGAGCGCCGCCCACCCACCGUUUUUACGAGGAAAUUUAACGGAAGGAAGGGUUCAGAAAGUCUUAUUCUUUUUUUUCCUUCUUUUUGACAACUUAACAUCUUCAAAAUGUGAACAGCUUCAUCCAGUGACAGUUGUAACUGUUCUUACUCUCGAGUGACCAGUGUUCCAUCCGACAUUACUUGGAUUAGUGCAUGUUUAUACUGACGGUCAUCCUUUGUAUGUCACCCUUACAUUUCACUUUAGAUGUGUCAAGCCCUCCUUCCUUUCCUUGAAGAUGUUUUCCAUCACUUGUAAUUAUUUAAAGCAUUAAGAAAAAAAGCACUUUAUCAGUACCUUGGUGGCCUGCUGUAAGCUCACUGUUUGAAACACUAUUGUGAGAUUCAGCCCUGAUAGGCAGCAGGGGCGUAGGAAAUAUUUGUGGUUGACUAUCCAUGGCCUUGGAGAUAGGGAAAAAAAAAUCUUUUUAUUGUAGUCUCAUCAACAGUUUUUUCCUGUUUUGGAUGGUUGUGUACACUGUAUUGUCCGCUCAUCUACCACACACACUACAAAAAUCCCACGUAACAUUUCCACUGGACAGACAUGGGUAAAAUACUGUAUGUUUCAACACUCCCUAUGCAGUAUCAGUUAAAGCUUUAUGAUUGAAUUUGGGAAGGAUUGAAUAACAUGCUGUAAGAAAACUGUGAAUUCAACUGUGCGUCGUGUUGAAAUUAGCACUGUUUGAAUAAGGGAGGGAACCGAGUAAAGCAGAGACGACUGCUGUUAAGCACAGUCCGAAAACUGCACACAGUCCUUCUAAUUUCCGCUUGGCUCCAAAAGCUUAGCUGUGAUCAAAGCGGAAAAACGGUUCAUUGAUUGCCAACGAGGGAAGUUUUUUUUUUUUUUUUUUGUUGUUAUAAAUAAAGGGGAGCAGACGACCACCAUUGUGAUGCUCUGCGCUUUGACUGCCAUCAAGCCCGGCUAGUUUUCCAGGCAGCCUUACACAUGAUAUAAAUGUAUGAAUGCCUGAGAGGGGAAAAGCGGCCCAUGUAUGUGCAACAUGGCUAUCAACUGUUGCCCAUAUUGGUCAAUGUUAUUGGCUACUUUGUCUUCUUUUUUUUGUACAUGUAAAGUGCAUAAAAUAAAAUAUACAAGCAAUAUCAGUGCUGGUGUG